AUGGGGCCAGCAGAGGGGUGUGAUAAAUCCUUCGGAGGGGCUGACGAUAACCGCACCACGGAUAACCGCACCGCGGAUAACCGCACGAUAAACUCCAGGACCGGCGGGCGAGUGCUGACCCCCGAGGAGCACUGGCAGCGGUACCGGCCGCAGCUGGCGACGCAGUACGGGCACUGGCGAUUCUGGUUACCAGCGCAGGGGCGAGAGGCGAAGCUGUCGCUGGAGCUGCUGCGCGAAAUCACCCCCGUGGAGGUUGAGAGCGGUGCAGAGGAGUACGUGCUGCGGGGGCCAAACAAGAAGCCCUCGUUUGGUCCCUUACGCCUCUCCGCAUCUCCUCGCCUUCUCCUCCCUCUCCCCUGCCUUCUCUCCCGUUCUCUCACUCUCAUCCUCUCUCCCCCCGACCUCCCUCGCUUGUCAACUUCCCUCCUCCUCCCUUCCUCUGCUACCUCACGAGCAGUUGAUAUGGCAGGGGUCUUUUCAGCCAAGGUGGCGGAGGGCGCGUGGCGCUUCUCCUCACAACCAGCAGCGGACUUCUCAGCCAAGGUGGCGGAGGGUGUGUGGCACUUCUCCUGUGGAGCCCACGCUUACAGGAGAACAGCCACGCUUCACGAGCAGUUCAAGCGGCGGGAGGGCUUCCCAGCCAAGGUGGCUGCGGGCGCGUGGCCCUUUUCCUGUGAAGAUGCUGGGCGACUUACCUUGCUCUCCACCCUUCUCCUUUCCCCACAGCACGAGCAGUUCAACCGGCAGGGGGAUUUCCCAGCCAAGCCGCAAGUCCAAUCAUCCGCAAGUCCAAUCAUCCGCAAGUCAAGUCCACCACUUGCUCCAAUCAUCCCACCGCGCCGCUUUGACCUCGCUCUCUCACACAGAGACCACCAUCCACUUCUGCUUGAGAAGCCCGCUUCCCUCUCUCUCCCCUUUCACCCAUCUCCUCUCCUCUGCCUCCACCGCCCCUUCCUCACAGGCCCCGGAGCACAGCUCAACGUGGCCUUCUCGGAAGCUUCCUUGUCUCUGAGGCAAGAUGACACUGUGCUACCAACGGGCAGCCGCAACAACGAUCACACUGCUGGCAGAUACCAAGCUACGGACGGAAGCACAAACCCUUCCGACCAAUCCCGGCAUGGCACGUGGGCCAGUCCUCACUGGAAGACCCCUCUUCCAACCCACCUGCCGGCCUCCCUCCCCCCUCUCCCUCCCAAGCCCCUCUAUGGAGUUCCCCACUACAUCUACACUGACCUCUAUGCUACACCUCUUCCUGAGCAUCCGAACAAGAGGCUGGAAACCCAGAACAUGGAGGUAUUUUCAGGGUACUCGGCAGGGAUACCCAAGGCACAGCAAACCAAGUACGGUGUGUGGGCUCUGCCCAGAGGCGUGGUGGUGGCUAUGCCGUCCCCCUUAGAGCCAAUGCUCAGCGGCGAGGGCGGAGGAGAAGGGGAGGAGUUUUGGCUGGUUGUGACUUAUGUGAGAGGGGGAGGACAAGGGAUGCAGGGUGGUAGUGAUGGGGUUAGUGAGGAUCGAGGAGGGGUGGAGUUGGGUGGAGGUGAAGGGGAGGAGGGAGGUGGGAUUGAGGAUACAGGGUACAUGGUGGAUGGAGAGUGGAAGGUGCAGCAGGUGAUGAUAGCAUAUGAUGCACUGGGCCGCUUUGAGUAUGUGAAGCACACUAGGUUUAUGUGA